GGACACCUUCAGCACAACAAAGCAUGCGUGGCUCCGGAACAUUGUUUCCCGUCUGAGCGCGGCGCGCGGGAUAUUUGCGGGACUUGUGUUGGCUGUUUUUUUUGCGCCGUUUUCUUCUCCAUUCAUGCUAAAACCAGAGUAGUGGCCACCAUGACAACAGAGGCAAGCACUGUGAGCGAGGCAGACACAGAGGGCAAGAAGGCUGCGGCCAGCGGCGCUGCGCCUGACUCAGAACCCGAAUCAGGGGAGAAACAGAAGCAGGAGGCAACAGCGUCUGAGCAGGAGGGGGAGCAGUCGAGGAGGAAAUCCCAGGAGCAGCCUGCCGGGCCCGGGCCCGCUGACGGAGCUACCUCCCCUGAGGAGGAGCAGCUGAAGCCUCGAACUAGAACCUCAGCGGGCAAAGGCCUGUCGCGCCUCUUCUCCUCAUUCCUCAAGCGGCGCUCGCAGUGCUCAGAGGGCGAGGGGUUCGAGGCUGAGAAGGCCAGAGAGGAGAAAGAGGAGAAACAAGAAGAAGAAGAGAAGUUGGAAGAGGUGAAAAAAGAAGAGUCGAAAGGUGUGGAGGAAAAACCAGUAUCCAAAGAAGCUACAAAGAAAGAAGAAGAGAAAAUAGAACAAAAAGAGGAGAAGAAGAAGAAAGUGGAAGAAAAAGUUGAGAAGAAAGGUAGCAAAAAGAAAAAGAAAGAUUCAAAGAAGAAAGUGGAGGAAAAGGAUGAGGGGAAAGUGAAAAAGAACGAGACAAAAAAGGACGAAGAGAUAUCAGUAAAGAAAGAGGAGCAAAAAGAGGAGGAGAAGGCGAAGGAGGAUGUAGAAGCUGAGAAGGAGGCAGCAAAACCAGAAACAAAAGAAGAAGAAAAAGAGGAAACUGUCGAGGUGAAGGAGAAAGGAACAGAGGGUGGAAAAAAAGAAGAGGGAAAGGUUGACAAGAAGGAGGCAAAGAAAAAGGAGAAGGAGGAAAAGGUAAAGAAGAAGGAAGAGGAGAAGGCAAAAAGGAAAGCAGAGGAAGAGGAAAGGAUAAGAAAACGAGAAGAGGAGAAACUUAAGAAGCGAGAAGAGGAAAAAGCAAGAGAAGCAGAAAAAGCAAAGAAGAAAGAGGAAGAAAAAGCUAAAAAGAAAGAAGAGGAGAAAGCAAAGGAGGAAAAGGCUAAAAAGAAAGAGGAGGAAAAAGCUAAAGAAGAAAAAGCUAAAAAGAAAGAGGAGGAAAAAGYUAAAGAAGAAAAGUCUAAAAAGAAAGAGGAGGAAAAAGCUAAAGAAAAGACUAAAAAAGAGGAGGAGAAACCCAAGGAGGAAGUCCACAAAAAGAAAGAGCAGGAGAAAACAAAAGAGGAAAAGGGAAAAAAGAAAGAAGAGGAAAAAGCAAACGAGGAGCCUAAGAAAGAAGCGGAAAAGGUGAAAGAAGAGGCAAGGAAGAAAGAAAAAGAAGAAGAG